ACAUUUCAGCUCCGAUUAAACGUGUUUUUUGUUGGUUUAUACCAAUAAUUAGAAAACAAGUUUGUAAUAAGAGUGAAGUUUAAAGUGGUUUUUAAGUGCAGAGAAGAAAAAUUGUAAGUACAAUUUUCAUUUCGACCAUAUCAAACCAUUUCUUAAAGAAUAUUGCUGAAACCUAACCAACAGAAAAUCCAUUUUUAUUUAAAAUAAAAACGCCGAAUAACCGGCUUAUUUAAAUUAAGUCAGGAGCGGCUCUAGAAAAUUUCCUUCAAAUGAAGAAAGCAAAAAUUAAAAAUGGAUAGCGAUAAUUUAACUCAUACCAAACCACUAUCAACACAAACUACCUCUUCAACAUCUUCAACAAUUACUUAUUCCAACGCCGUAACGAAUUUUAACUUCCCCACCAAGCAACAAGCAGUCGUUUUGUCAUCUGUACCAGACAUAAAAAUACAUGAAUACAUAACAGCAAUAGGAACUAUAGUACAACCAAAAAAUAUCAUCUUCGCGUCCAGAAUCUCAAACAACCGAGUAUGCAUCUAUCUUAGUAACACCACAAUCGUAGAAAAUUUACUACAUAAUCACAAAUCCGUUUCAAUACAAGGAAAUGACAUAGAGAUCAGAAGAUUAAUUACUCCUGCAAGCCGACUAGUGAUAUCAGGUGUCUGUCCCAGUAUUCCAAAUACUAUAAUCGAAGAAGAGCUUAAAAAAUUGGAGCUUACUGCAGUGUCUAAAAUAACAUUUUUAAAAGUUGGCAUGCCUGAAUCUGAAUACAGUCAUAUAUUGAGCUUUAGUCUAUCCCAAAUUCACUUCUAAUAUCUCACGACAACACCGCUUACAGAAUUUAUCUUUCCUUAGAUGGUCUAAAUUGCUCUAAAUGUAAUACCACAGGGCAUAAAGAUGAAAACUGCACUACUGAAUCAACUAAUGAACAAAAUCUUGACCAGUUAUCUCAACCUAUGAAUGUUAAUACUUCUGAAACAGAAAAUUAUCCAAUAAAUCAAAAAUCCAUUACAUCAGAGUCUCCAACUGCUCAUCAAUCCAGUACUCCUCCUACUUCUAUAACCAACCCACCACCAAGUGCCUCCUCCAACUCACAAAACCUAUCUGAAUCAUCAUCUAAUACUACCAACAUAGUAGCACAUACUUCUAUCAAAAGACAAAUUUCAACAUCUCCUGAAAUAAUAGAGUCAGAAAAUCAAAAAAUAAUACUUCCAGCUCCAAAGCAAUCUGCACCCAAAAGAAUAAAAAAAGCACUUAACAUCGAAACCUCAAUGAAACCUAUAGAAGCCAUUUUAUCGUCAGCCACUACUCUUUACCCACUAAAAUAUACAGAACUAUGUGACUAUAUUACAAAUGCUAUAGGCUCCAAAUUGCCUGAAACAAUAGCAAAGGAUUAUACUAAUGACCUACAACCCACAUAACAAUGAUGUUCGCAUCAUGUUCUAAGCAUAUCCUACCAACAUUCGUCGAAGUAUAUCCUUUUUGGUAUAUGCGUAGUACAAGCAUAGCAUGUACCAUAAAAAACAUUCUAAAUUUCAUGUUCUUUGCAUGUGCCUCAAAGAAUAUUCUUGCACCGAAUAUACUGAGCACAUUCGGGUACGUAGUAUCUCGGAAUGUUCGUAAAAGUUUAUUCUUAGAAUAUACCUUAAUCGAAUAUUCUUAGUAUAUGCGUAAGUAUAUGCAAAAGUAUAUACUUAACACAUACCUACUUGUAUAUACUUUUAAAAUAUCUAAAAAAUAAUAUACUGUAUGUACCUACCUAUAGGAAGAAGAAUAAUGUGAGCCUAUAGAUUAUCAACUUCGAAUAAUUAAUAAAAUUUAUGUAUUUUAGUAGGUGCUACUGAACUAUCUA